GUCGGAGCAAGUAAAGAAGAGCUGCGAGAAAGCGGGCGGGAUGAAGCGCCGGUGACUGCCGCCUCUCUUUGAUCUUCCGCACCAUCCCGGCUCUGUCUAUCGGCCGCUGCUGCUGCUGCUCCUCCUCUUGCAGCCAUGGAGACCGUGCAGUUGCGCCACCCGCGCCGGCAGCUAAGAAAAUUAGAUGAAGAUAGUUUGACAAAACAGCCUGAAGAAGUGUUUGAUGUGUUGGAAAAACUUGGAGAGGGAUCCUAUGGCAGCGUAUUCAAAGCUAUCCACAAAGAAACAGGCCAAGUUGUUGCAAUUAAGCAAGUUCCUGUUGAAUCUGAUUUGCAGGAGAUUAUUAAGGAGAUAUCAAUAAUGCAACAAUGUGAUAGUCCUCAUGUAGUCAAAUAUUAUGGCAGCUAUUUUAAGAACACGGACCUCUGGAUAGUAAUGGAAUAUUGCGGUGCCGGAUCUGUGUCUGAUAUAAUUCGACUACGAAAUAAAACGUUGAUGGAAGAUGAAAUUUCUACAAUAAUACAAUCAACAUUGAAAGGACUGGAAUACCUACAUUUCAUGAGGAAAAUACACCGUGACAUCAAAGCUGGCAACAUAUUACUUAAUACAGAAGGACAUGCUAAACUUGCAGAUUUUGGGGUGGCUGGCCAGCUUACUGAUACUAUGGCAAAAAGAAAUACUGUGAUAGGAACUCCAUUCUGGAUGGCACCUGAAGUGAUCCAAGAAAUUGGAUACAAUUGUCUGGCAGACAUCUGGUCUCUGGGUAUCACUGCCAUUGAAAUGGCUGAAGGAAAACCUCCAUAUGCUGAUAUUCAUCCAAUGAGGGCAAUUUUCAUGAUUCCAACAAAUCCACCACCAACAUUUCGAAAGCCAGAACUGUGGUCAGACGAAUUUACAGAUUUUGUAAAACAGUGUCUUGUGAAAUGUCCAGAACAAAGAGCCACUGCUACGCAGUUGCUUCAGCACCCAUUUGUAAAAAAUGCCAAAGGAGUUUUCAUCUUGCGAGAUAUGAUUAAUGAGUCAAUGGAUAUUAAACUAAAAAUUCAGCAAGCUCAACAGCGUGACAUGUUUCAUGAUGAUGAAGAAAAUUCAGAAGAAGAUGAAAUUGAUUCUAGGACCAUGGUUCGAGCAAGGGGACAAGAGAUGGGUACAAUCAGAGCUGCUUGUGGAAUGAGUGAAGGUGCCAAUACCAUGAUAGAAUACAAUGACACUUUAGCAUCACAGUUAGGAACAAUGGUCAUAAAUGCAGAAGAUGAGGAAGAUGAGGGGACCAUGAAAAGGAGAGAUGAAACCAUGCAGGCUGUCAGACCAUCUUUCCUUGACUAUUUUGAGCAAAAGGAAAAAGAGAAUUGGCAAAACAACUAUGGAAGGCAGGUAUCUGAAAGAUGUUCCUCAGAUUGGAGAGUUCCUCUGGACGGUGAUUAUGAAUUCUUGAGGAACUGGACAGUUGAUGAACUUCAAAGACGACUUGGGACACUUGAUCCCAUGAUGGAACAGGAGAUAGAAGAGGUUCGACAAAGGUAUCAAUCAAAGCGGCAACCAAUUCUAGAUGCCAUUGAAGCAAAGAAAAGACGCCAGCAGAACUUCUGAGGAAAACCUGGCAAUAGAAUAGAUUUCCAUCAUUCCUUACAAUAAACUGUUCUACAAUAAACUGUUCUAUGACUACUGUGUAGGUGGAUUUCUAUUUCUAUUGGCUAAGCACCUUUUCUAACUCAGGUAUGCCAUUGAAUGAAGUCCUCAUGAAGAGAUCAUGCUUUGUAUGAAUGGUAGAUUUUAGAUACAUUGCAUGUUGCUUUUGAGAAUUCCUGACUUAGCUGGGAGCUAAACUUUGUAUUACAAAUCAAUAGAAAAGUGGGAAACGGAUUUGAAUAAAAUUGGUACUCAGAUUUUACAGUGUUUACAGUUCAGUUCCAAACAAUAUAUGUAUUAGUUUAACCUAUCAGAAUGUAUAGUAGAUUUUGUAUGAAAAACCCAAGUAAACAGGACAAUAAUUCUGACGUCAUGUUCUUAGAUGAGGUAUAGAAAUUCAAAUUUUUGCUUUUUCAUUGAACUGUUAAAAACAUUAUAAAAUCAGUCCUUACACUAAUCUUAUCUAUUGAUCCAAAAAACAUUCAUCAUAUUUGAUAUAUAACAACCACUUGAUGUUAAACAAUCCUUACUUUCAUUUUGCCGUAUUGGUAUAAUGAACUUUGAAAAUGAGUUAAAAAAGAAAGGUGAUUUCCAAAUAAAUUUAUGC